AUGGAGAUCGAGGGCGAAGGGGAGGGUUCGCCUCCCGCGCCAACCACGGCUCCGUCCGCGCCGCCACAAGCGCCUGCGAGCUCGGCGCCGCCAUCUCCUGAGGAUUUCGACACGGCACUUCGUGUUUUGAACUACCUCUUGGCCAACAUUCCGGAGGCCAGGAAGGCCAAGUACAUGGCGUUGAGGAUCGCCUGCGGCCAGUUGAUGAAGCCCCUGCGUAAAAGCUCCAAGGAGAAGAGGGAGAGCAAGAAGAACUACAAGCGCAAGCUGCUGGAGAAGGACGAAGAGGUGAUCGAGCAGACGGGGCAGCGACGCAUGCAGAAGAAGCUGCGCAAGACCUUCGGCCAGUACUUCUGUCUGCCUCCGUCUGAAGUGGCGGCCGACGCCCAGGGGCUGGCCGUACCUGCCCUGGCCGGUGCUAUGCCCGCCCUGGCCGCCCCAUCCGCCACGUCCGCGCCGUCUGGCGCCGAAGGCGAGCAACCAAAGGUGACUGUUCAGGAUGUGGAAGACGAGGAAGAGGAAGAGGUCGACGAGGGCGGCGACAGGGAUGCCACCGACUCUGAUUUCAUGGCCAAGGAGCUCAAGAUUGAGCGCACGUGCUACACCUGCAAGGCGCUCUACAGGCGCGUACACUUCUUCUACCACCUGAUGUGCCCCGAUUGCGCCACGUUCAACUACAAGAAGCGCAUCCAGACCGCCGACCUCAAGGGGCGCAUUGCCCUCAUGACCGGCGCGCGAAUCAAGAUCGGCUACAAGGCGGCGCUGGUCCUGCUCCGCUGCGGCGCGCUCGUGAUCGCCACCACGCGCUUCCCCAAGGACGCGGCGCAGCGGUUCGCCCAGGAGAAGGACUUUGCCGAGUGGAAGGACCGGCUGCACAUCUACGGCCUGGACAUGCGGCAACUGCCCGCCGUGGAGCGGUUCUGCGAGCACCUGCUCGCCACCUACCCGCACCUCGACAUGAUCAUCAACAACGCGGCGCAGACCGUGCGCAAGCCGACGGGCUUUUACGCUCAUCUGCUCCCGACGGAGUCGCGCCCGCUGGAGGCCCUGCCCGAGGACAUCGCGUCGACGCUUCGGCAGUCGACCAAGUUCGAGCGCCUCCUGCUCACCUCGUCGCACGGCGGGUCCUCCUCCUCCGUGCCGCUGCCGCUGCCCAGCGCUCAACCGCGAACGACGGCCGAAACGAAGAUCGAUGAGGUCGCCCCCGAGGCGGAGGAGUCCGGCGCUGCGCCGACGACGACCACGACCGAGGCCAGCAACAAGUCGGGCGCCGGCGCGGUGGCCGUCAACAUGGAGCACAUGAGCCACUCCGCAGCGAUGUCGCAGGUGGCCGUGCUCGAGGAGGACACCGUUCACGACCCGACCCUCUUCCCCCCUGGUCUGUAUGACGGCGACCAGCAGCAACUGGACCUUCGCGCCACGAAUUCCUGGAUCAUGCCGCUGGAACACGUGAGCUUGCCCGAGGCGGUCGAGGUGCAGGCGAUCAACGUGCUGGCGCCAUUCAUUCUCAACAGCAAGCUCAAGCCCCUUCUGCUGAAGAGCGGCCGCGACACCUACAUCGUCAACGUGUCCGCCAUGGAGGGCCAGUUCUACCGGAAGCACAAGACGCCGCACCACCCGCACACCAACAUGGCGAAGGCAGCGCUCAACAUGAUGACGCGCACGUCGGCCCCGGCCUACGCAACGGAGAAGAUUUACAUGAACAGCGUCGACACUGGCUGGAUCAACGAUGAGAGUCCGUUCCACAUGGCGUUGGAGAACGAGAAGCGCGGCUUCCGGGCGCCGCUGGACGAGCUCGACGCGGCGAUGCGCGUGUUGGACCCGGUCCUCCACGGCAUCAACUCGGGCCAGGCCGUCUUCGGGGCCUUCCUCAAGGACUACCGCCCCUGUCCCUGGUAA